UCAUCCCUGCUAAGCAACUUUUCUUGGGAUAACUGUGAUGAGGAGAAGGACCCUGCGGUGAUCAAAAGCCUGACUCUGGAACCUGACCCCAUUGUCAUUCCUGGGAACGUAACUGUCAGUGCUGAGGGCAAGACCAGCGUGCCCCUCACAACUCCUCAGAAGGUGGAACUAACUGUGGAGAAGGAGGUGGCAGGCUUCUGGGUCAAGAUCCCAUGCGUGGAGCAGAUUGGCAGCUGUACCUACAAAGACUUCUGUGACGUGCUUGACACUCUCGUUCCCCCUGGGGAGCCCUGCCCAGAGCCCCUGCACACCUAUGGGCUUCCCUGCCACUGCCCCUUCAAAGAAGGCACCUACUUGCUGCCCAAGAGUGAGUUCACCUUGCCGGACCUGGAGCUGCCCAGCUGGCUCAGCUCCGGGAACUACCGUGUGGAGAGUAUCCUGAGCAGUGGUGGGAAGCGCCUGGGCUGUGUCAAGAUCGCUGCGACUCUGAAGGGCAAAUAACGGGCACAAGCCUGCAGGGUGACGACGGGACGCGAGCAAUGUCCCGCCCCCUCUGCCUUGUGUUUGCCAACGCCACAUUCCGACUCUGCCACCUUCAACCUUCAAGCCCCUUUCUGCCAAG